AUCCUAACUUUUGCAUUAGAAACAGCUUUCAUAUAUGUGGCAGAGCAUAAGGAAGUUUUAUACAUGUGGCUCUACUGAGCAGUUGUAAUAAAGGACAUAAAAUUAACAAAUUAAGUGUGUUUUCCAAGUACAACAAAAGUUUUAUAAUUGCUUAUGCUGAUCAAAGGGUGUUCCUAAUUUCAGCUAUCAUGUAUUUAAUGUGAGUUAAUGUUGAUAAUAAGGCAGUGAAUUGAAAAUAAGCUCUUUUUUUUUUCAUUUUUGUUUAAAAUUUUACACAGGAAAGAAAGAUCACUGCUGUGUGGAAUGUGGCAGAGAAUUCCCUAAAAAGAGUGCUCUUCAGAAACACAUGAGUGUUCACACGGAAGAGAAGCCAUAUUGCUGUAAUGAAUGUGGUAAACAGUUUUCACGAAAAGACCAUCUUCAGAGACACACAAGAGUUCACACCGGAGAGAAGCCAUAUUGCUGUAGUGAAUGUGGCAAACAGUUUUCAGACACAGGCAGUCUACAGAAACACACAAGAGUUCACACCGGAGAGAAGCUGUAUUGCUGUAAUGAAUGUGGCAAACAGUUUUCACAUAUAGGCAAUCUGAAGUUCCACACUAGAGUUCACACCGGAGAGAAGCCGUAUUGCUGUAAUGAAUGUGGCAAACAGUUUUCACAUAUAACCUAUCUGAAGGACCACACUAGAGUUCACACCGGAGAGAAGCCAUAUUGCUGUAAUGAAUGUGGUAAACAGUUUUCACAUAUGAGCAAACUGAAGGACCACACUAGAGUUCACACCGGAGAGAAGCCAUAUUGCUGUAAUGAAUGUGGUAAACAGUUUUCACAAAAAGACCAUCUUCAGAGACACAUGACACUUCACACCGGAGAGAAGCCAUAUUGCUGUAAUGAAUGUGGUAAACAGUUUUCACAGAGCAUCAUUCUUCAGAGACACACAAGAGUUCACAACAGAAUAAAAACAGUAGCAGUUCAAAAAUCAGUCUAGAAAAACCAAGAACCCUUUAGGACUUAAGAAUGAGGUUUAGUCAUUUCCUGAAAAGUAAGCAAACUAAACUAUUGCAAAGAAAUGAAUCUCAAAGAGAAGCCACAUUGCUGUUUGGAACGUGGCAAACAAAUCUUUCACAGCAGUACACUUCAGAGACGCACCAAAAUUCCCAUCGGAGAGAAGUACAACUGAACUGUCCUGACUAAAGAGUGAGGUUCACUCCUGCCUGGACAGUAAGCACAUGUAUCUGACACAAAUCCAUCCUACUUAGUGUUGUGUCAAAAA